ACUUGAUUUUUCCCACAUCCUUGAGGGUCCAGCCAUCGGUUCAUCGAUGAUUCUGCACACCCCCGCGAUGUCCUCGAACUGAACGGAUUUGGGAGUCAGCCACAGAAUGUCCUCGAAGCAGUCCCCCGCAGCGGUGGCUGCGGCCGUGGCCAGCUGCAAACUGAAGAAGCAGCAGCGCCGUCGCCUGGCGGCCUUCGACUUUGACCACACAAUCGUGUCCCAGAACACAGACACCGUGGUGCGUGACUUGCUGCCCACGGAGGUGACCAGCGCCCGCGCCAACGAGCUGGUGGAGAACGAUUGCUGGACGGAGUACAUGGCCGAGGUUUUCCGCCUGCUGCACGAGCAACAGGUGCCGGAGGCGCGGAUCCGGGACACCAUCCGGGGCAUCCCGGAGGUGCCCGGAUUCGUGCGGCUGAUCAAGCACCUGGCCAAGCGGCUGCACUACGACCUGAUCAUCAUCAGCGACUCGAACAGCGUCUUCAUCGAGGAGUGGCUGCGGGCGCACAACCUGGCCGACUGUUUCGUGGCCGUCUUCACCAAUCCGGCGGAGUUCGACGCCUCCGGACAACUUUUAGUCCGGGCUCACCAUCAGCAGUCAGACUGCAAGCUGAGCGCCAGCAAUUUGUGCAAGGGCCGCGUCCUGGAGCACUUUGUCAUCGAGCAGGACCUGCGGCGCAGCAUCCGGUACGACCAUGUCUUCUACGUGGGCGACGGCAACAACGACAUCUGCCCCGUGCUGCGCCAGCGGGCCUGCGACUUUGCCUGCGCCCGCAAGGGCUUCGCCAUGGAGAAGCAUCUGUUGCGCAACCGCAGCAAGUUGAAGCUGCGCGCCCAGCUGCUGAUCUGGAAGAGCGGCUUCGACCUGAUGGACCAGAUGCUGGCCCUGCCGCAGCUGAAGACCCCGCAGCUGCAGGACGAUGCCGAUCAGGAUGCCGAAGUCGAGGCUCCGGAUGUGGCGACUCGGCGAGCAUCGGCGGUGGCUCCCGGCUCGACCAAGUCGCCGAAUUAAGAAGGCAUUUAAGGUAUACGCAUUUGAGACCUCCACGAGUAAGUAGAAACGAUUGCCAUCGCAGAACCGUAGUAUCACUUGUGUGUGGGGUCGCGAAUUUUUUAGUACAGGCUGGCAUAGAAGAACGCGAAUUCUUUGGAGAAUUCCUUAAGCAGGCUAGUUGGAAAAUCGAGAGAUGUAGGCUUUUUUGGUGAUGCUUCGAUGCUAAUCAUACGGUUCUACGAUGCCAAGGAAGUACUCGUGAAGGUCUUAAGUCCACAUCCCCAUGCACAACCCAAUCAUCAUUGUUCCAUCAUGUGGUCUGGUCUGUUUUUUGUUUAACCCUCUCCCUCCCUUUACUGCACCAACUAUGCCAAGUAUGAUAGGUGGAUCUGUGUGCCAGGGCUCUAACCCGCAGAAAACACAUUGUCUCUCAAACAGUACAAUUUCAGGUGUGGUGUGUACGCCAGUUCAAGGAGUCAAUUUUUGGCUGCGGCUGUUAAUGUUUAAUCCAUGUGUGUAUAUUGUAACUUGUUGUAAUUGAAUUUAUCGCAAGCUGUAUAUGAGUGUCCAUAUUAUAUGCAUUUUAAUGUGUGUUUUGCCGUUACUGCA